AAUCAUGAGCGUAAUAGUAGUACGAUACAUCUCCACUCCACUUUAGACCCAAAUCAUCAAAUUGGUUUUAUCAAUUCAUUAUAUUAUUCCCAGUUCUGUCUUUCUCCUUGAUCUUUUCCUUUUGACUGUUCUAACCGGUUCAAAUCUUCAUAACCAUUGACUUUUGCCUCUGUUUACAUGUUAUAUUAAUAUAUAAAUCAGAACUAUGACAAGGGUAGGCCGUGACUUUAGCUAUACAAUGCAAAGCUUGGCAGUUCCACCUGUGUCUGCAGAUGUGAUGUUUGCCUCUACUCGAUUUCCGAACUACAAAAUCGGAGCUAAUGACCAAAUUCUGAACGGAAGAGAAGAGGGAAAGUUAGUUUCUAUGCAGGAAGUCAUAGCCAGAGAGACUGCCCAGUUGUUAGAACAACAAAAGCGCCUUUCUGUUCGUGAUCUGGCUAGUAAAUUUGAGAAAGGUUUAGCUGCUGCUGCAAAAAUAUCUGAUGAGGCUAAACUCAGGGAUGUGGUUUGUCUAGAGAAACAUGUUCUUUUAAAGAAGCUUAGAGAUGCACUUGAAUCACUUAGAGGGCGUGUGGUGGGUAAAAACAAGGACGAUGUAGAGGAGGCUAUUGCCAUGGUUGAAGCUUUAGCUGUUCAGUUGACUCAGAGAGAAGGAGAGCUAAUUCAAGAAAAGGCUGAGGUUAAAAAGCUUGCAAGUUUUUUGAAGCAGGCUUCAGAAGAUGCUAAAAAGCUUGUUGAUGAAGAAAGAGCUUUUGCACGGACUGAAAUUGAGAAUGCCAGAGCUGCGGUUCAGAGAGUGGAAGAGGCUCUUCAGGAGCAAGAAAGAAUAUCCCAAGCUUCUGGAACUCAGGACUUGGAAGAACUAAUGAAGGAGGUUCAAGAGGCCAGGCGGAUCAAAAUGCUGCAUCGACCCAGCAAGGUUAUGGACAUGGAACAUGAGCUUCAAGCAUUACGAGUUCAACUGGUAGAGAAGUCAAAGCGUUCAAUCGAGCUUCAGAAAGAGUUGGCAAUCAGCAAGAGGGGGGAGGAGAAUGCAUCCUACUUGUUUGAAUUAGAUGGUACAUCUGCUUUGGGUUCCUACUUGCAGAUCCAACCAUGUUCAGAUAGAGCCCCCGAGCUUUCAGAAUGUUCGAUUCAGUGGUACCGUUUGACAUCUGAAGGUGGAAACAGGGACAUCAUUUCAGGGGCCACCAAAUCUAUUUAUGCUCCUGAGCCCUCCGAUGUUGGCCGAUAUCUGGAAGUUGAUGUCAUUUCAGAUGGUCAGAGUGUUACACUGACAACAUCCGAUUCCAUCGAACCAGCUGCAGGACUAGGAAACUAUGUGGAAGCAUUGGUGCGCCGACAUGACACAGAAUUUAACGUUGUUAUAAUCCAAAUGAAUGGAGUGGACCAUCCUUCAGAGUCUGUUCAUGUACUUCAUGUGGGGAAAAUGAGGAUGAAACUUUGUAAAGGCAAAACAACAGUGGCUAAAGAGUACUAUUCUUCUUCAAUGCAGCUGUGCGGCGUUAGGGGUGGUGGAAAUGCUGCAGCUCAAGCAUCAUUCUGGCAGCCAAAGAUCGGGGUCUCAUUUGUGCUGGCAUUUGAAUCAGAAAGAGAAAGAAAUGCUGCUAUUAUGCUGGCACGAAGAUUUGCCUUUGAUUGCAACAUCAUGCUUGGUGGCCCUGACGAUCGAGCAGCUCAGAAACCAUAGCCUCUGAAACGGCUUGCUUUCGUUUAAAGAAACCGACCUUCUAAUGUGUUAAUUAAGGUAUGUAUAAGUUUGCAUUACUGCUUGUGGAAUUUUUGCAUGUAUGCUCUGGUUUUCUUCGUUCACCAUCCAUUUUUGGCAUCCUUUUAUUUGCCUUUUUAGUGGUUACCUUUAUUGCCUGAUUGUAACAAGUUUUUGUAGUUGUUAUAUUUAUUAUAUAUGCAAGCUUUUCUCUUUUUUAAAUUCCUAUAUGUACUCGUACAUACGACAAAAAGGUCAUGGAUUCGAGAUACAAAAAUAUUGUAUU